AUGCCCCGCCCCAUCCUCCCCCCAACACCCCAAUCAUCGCUCGACCUGCCGCCAAAGCUCCCGCCUAGCCUCUCGUCCCUCGAGCUCGCAUUCACGCUGCCCCCGCCCGCUCUAGGCUCAAAAGAUGUCUCUUCCACCACUACCUCUACCACCGCCGCCUCAGCCUCCUCCGCCGCCGCCGUAGCUACGACACCGCCGACAUCCUCGCCGCCACCAAAGAAGCGUCGGAGAGCAACGCUGGACGGGCAGAAGAAGAAGACGCAGCAGCAGCAGCAGCAACAGGUGGACACAAUCACGCUACCGCCGCCGCCGACACGGAAUAGGAAGAUUAUACAGAUGAAGCCUGCCGCGGCUGCGUCCAGCGGCGGUGGUAGCGGCGGUGGUGGGGAUUCGAAGUCGGCGUCAUCGUCGGCGGGGGCGAAGGGUGGGAGGAAGGGUGCUGCGAAGGAUAGUGGGAAGGGAGGUGCAGGAGCAGGGGGAGGGGGAGGAGAGGAGGGGGGGAAGGAGGGGGGGAAGGAGGGGGGGAAGGCGACGACGGCGGUGGGCAGGAAGAUUGCGAGGAAGACGGCGCAUAGUCUGAUUGAGCGCCGGCGGAGGUUUAAGAUGAAUGAGGAGUUUGGAGUGCUGAAGGGAAUGAUUCCGGCGUGUAAUGGGGUGGAGAUGCAUAAGCUUGCGAUUCUUCAGGCAAGCAUCGAGUACCUCAAAUACCUCGAGCAAUGCGUCGCCGACCUCAAAGCAUCCAACAGCGCGGCAACGCACAAGAACAAAGUGCCCACACUGCCGCCCGGCGGCUACAGCGAUGACAACGACGACGAGGACGACGACGAGGAUGCUGAUGACGCAGAGGACGGCGCGAACGAGGUGAAUGAUGAGGAUAUGGCGGACAUGGAGGAGGUGCCUGUAGCUGGGACGUCAUGCAAUACGGAAGUGCAGCCAACCAGCACCGCUACUGCUGCUACUGCUACAUCUACGGCUGCAAGCUACUACCCAGCAUCGGAACACGCAUCGCCGUAUCUGGGCUGCACAAACGCGCACGAGUACUCGCCCAGGUCGACAUCGCAGUUCUCGCUCUCCAACUCGACACCCACACCCACCAGCUACACACCCUCACACUCACAGUCACAGCCACAGCCACAGCAGCUCCCCCAGCCACACAUCAUGUCUGCGCACCCCUCGCCCACGCUCUACCCCCGCUCCUCCGUCACCGGCGGUGGCCGCGCAUCGAUAGCGCCCUCGCCAAACCUGUUCCCGCAACCCUCGCCGGGCCUGUAUCCGCUGUCUGCGUCAGCCGCCACAUCGCCGAACUUGUUCCCGCAGCUGGCGUCGCCGGGGCUGUUUCCGAAGGGAUAUUCGCUCGCUGAUCAGGUGGAUACUGAGGCGACACAUGCGCUGCUGCUGCUGGCGGAUGGGAGUAGACGGGAUAGUGAGAUUGCGGGUGUGGGUGCGGGGAGUAGUAGUAGGCAGGGUAGUGGUGGUGGUGGUGGUGGUGGUGGUGGUGGUGGUGUAAUACCAGAGAAGAAGGGGCGGGGGAUGAGUGUGAUGGAUCUGCUCAGUUCGUGA